AUGCAACCGCCCAAGGUAGUCAAGCCUGUCAUCGGCAGAACCCCUCGCUCGGCAACACCCUCUGUAACGGAUUCACCCUCACCAUCGGAGAGCGAGAGUUGGAGUGCUCCUUCGACCCGUCCCCCAAGCCAGGCCGCAAGCCGGCCUCCUAGCCUGUCUGGCGGUGUGUCGGGCAACAAAAUAACCGUGCCACAUACGUCAAAUACUCCUCAGAAGAGCAAACCUUUGCCAUCAGAGAAACCAUCUUCAACGCCUACCAGCCGGUCGAGGGCACCCUCAAACGCUCAGUUGGAUGGUGGGCAGAAAUUCACUCUCAAAGAUCUCAUUACUGCUUCUGCACCUAAACUCUCACGCAAGUCUUCCGCCCGUUCAACUAGUAGCAGGAAGUCAGAUUCCGAUGUGGAACGAAAAUCGGUUGGUGGUGAGAGCGCAGCCAGUCUGACGCAGAAGUAUGGUGUUUGCCAAAAGGUUGCUAUUGGCAAGGGGGCUACUUCUGUCGUCCGCCUAGCCCAUAAGUGGGAUAGAAGUGAAGAGAAGCUGUACGCUGUCAAGGAGUUCCGCAAAAGACGAAAGAAUGAAUCAGAAAAGGAGUACGUCAAGAAACUCACUGCAGAGUUCUGUAUUUCCUCCACGCUGCACCAUAUCAACAUAGUUGAGACGGUGGACCUCGUUCAGGACGAGAACCAACAUUGGUGUGAGGUUAUGGAAUUUUGCCCUGGUGGGGAUCUCUACGCUGCGAUCAAGAAGGGUGGCAUGUCGCCCAGUGAAGUCGAGUGCUGCUUCAAGCAGCUGCUUUCGGGCGUUUCGUACCUCCAUAGUCAAGGUGUUGCACAUCGCGAUAUCAAACCGGAGAAUCUCUUUUUCGAUACCAAGGGUCAUCUGAAGAUCGGCGACUAUGGUGCAUCGACUGUGUACCGCCUGCCAUGGGAAACGACAAUUCACAUGUCAACGGGGCUUUGCGGUAGUGAGCCAUACAUUGCCCCAGAGCAAUUUUUAGGCAAACCAUAUGACGCCCGUUUAGUCGACAUAUGGGCGUGCGGUAUCGUGUAUUACUGCCUUCACUUCCAAGAGAUGCCCUGGCGCGUUGCUCAAAUGUCUGACACGCUCUAUGCAGCGUAUGUCGCAGCCUGUGCAGUUCAGCACAAAGACAAGGAUAAAGACAAGGAUGUUGUUUUCCCACCGACUAUUCACAAUCUGAGCCCACGGGCGUGCCGCAGUUUAAUCCGGAGGAUGCUUGAGCCAGACCCUAAACUGCGCUCUCCGAUCGAGGACAUCGUGGCGCAUUCAUGGGUGCAGGGUAUAGAAGUUUGUCAUGCUGUAGCAAAACCCACGCAUGUGCAUGUGCAUGCGAUGCAGCAAGCACAUGCCCAGAUCAUGUCAUCAUGA